UUGUACAAGUGGAGAAGAAAGAAAAAGGAAAGCGAGAGAGAUGGAGAAAGUGGUUGAUCUCUUCGGAGUUGGAGAAGCUAAUUCCCAGAAGCUACGCGAAGGAGGCAACGAUCUCAGCGAGAUCCAACAGGGUUUGUUCAUUGGUUCAGUAGCUGAAGCGACUAACAAGGAUUUGCUCCAUAGCUCCAAUGUCACCCAUAUCUUAACCGUAGCUGUGGCUUUGGCUCCUCCUUAUCCUGAUGAUUUUGUCUAUAAAGUCAUUGAAGUCGUUGAUAGAGAGGAGACCGAUUUGACUGUAUAUUUCGAUGAGUGUUUUAGCUUCAUUGACCAAGCUAUUCAAUCUGGAGGUGGUGUUUUGGUUCAUUGCUUCAUGGGAAUGUCUAGGAGUGUGACUAUAGUGGUGGCUUAUCUGAUGAAAAAGCAUGGAAUGGGCUUCUCUAAAGCUAUGGAACUCGUUAAGAGUCGACGUCCUCAAGCAUUGCCUAAUUUCGGUUUCAUUUCGCAGCUGCAGAAAUUUGAGAAAUCCAUCCAAGUACAUGGUGAGACUUCAGCCGAUAAGAAGAUAGUGUCGUGAGGAACUCUGGAGAGAUUCCGAACAAGUCUCAUGAUCCCCUUGAUGAUGACCAAAAGACUUAUUGGAUUCGUGCUGUGAAGGAUUUUUUCUUGUGAACUAUUGAUGAUGAGCGUUUUGCCAUGUCCAUUAGCAAAUUGAAAUAAAUGAAAACGCAGAAAUUACAUUUCCUCUGUUGCUACUUGCUACAAUGAAUAUGAAUGCACUUAACCAGAA